AUGUUUGCACGAAUCAUCCUCUCAUCAUUCCUUCUGUCGGCCCUUCCCUCCCUCGCCGCCGACGAAUCCACCCUCCCCCCAUCCGCCGCCUCAACCCCCAUCGCAGCCCCAUCAGUCGACCCCGCCGUCUACGUAGCCAUCUCCCGCUACCAAAAGCUCACCUCUGCCGACAAAAACGAAGGUUCCGGCGACGGCCAAAAACGACCCUACGGUAUCACCGGCCCUAAUGAAGUCAAAUUUACUUUUGGCGACCCGGUGGAUUACAAGGAAGAGACGUUUCAGGUGACGUUUUAUGAGACGCAGACGACUUGGCCGGCGGCGGCGACGGAGACGGGGUCGGAUUAUGAUCAGAAUGGGUGGACGAUUAAUCAGGGGGAGCCUACCAAGGUCAUCGAGUGUGUGGCGACGGCGACGGCCAGUGUCACCGAAGCUGUUGAUGUCUACCCUACACCUGACCUCGCUAUCACCGAUGGGCCUGUCAAUGUGAAGUGUACCGAUGUCAGCUAA